CGCAUGCAGGUCACAGCAUCCCGAUCGCAUCCUCCAGUUCCGAGCACAAACUGCAGAAAAAACUGUUCUUUCGGCUGAGGACAUCAUCUACUCACUGCGCAUACCAUACCGUACACACGUGGCGCUACCAUGCCACCGCCAUCACAGACCCAGCAUCUUCCGCCAGCACAUCCCGCGACGCGACAACGUCCUAAGAGCCCGAAUCGCGUACUGGCGGAAGCAGAGGCGCAAUGGCUAUUCACUGACGAGGAGCUGGCCAAUGCGCCAUCGAUUCAGGACGGGAUGAGCGUGGAAGAUGAGCGCGAUCGACGAGUGAAGGGCAUCAAUUUCAUCGUACAGGUCGGCAUCAUGCUCAAGCUGCCACAGCUGACCUUGAGCACUGCCAGCAUCUUCUUCCAGCGCUUCUUGAUGAGAGGGAGCCUGGCGAAAGAGAGGAAUGGCACUCCGAAACUUCAUCAUUUCCAGGCAGCAGCGACAGCCCUGUUUCUCGCAACCAAGGUGGAAGAGAGCUGCAGAAAGAUGAAAGAACUGGUGUUGGCGUUCUGCCGAGUGGCGCAAAAGAAUCCCAAUCUCGUGGUUGAUGAGCAGAGCAAAGAUUUUUGGAGGUGGAGAGACCUGAUACUGCACAAUGAAGACCAUAUGCUGGAAACGCUGUGCUUCGAUCUGACUGUAGAGAGUCCCCACAGGCAGCUGUUUGAGAUGCUCAAGUUCUAUAAUGUGGAACACAACAAGAGACUUCGCAAUGCAGCCUGGGGAUUCGUGACCGACAGUAAUAAUACGCAACUCUGUCUGCUGGUGAGCAGUCGCACGAUUGCUGUAGCAAGCUUAUACGCUGCGUGCAAGUUCUGCGAGGUAUCCCUACCAGAUGAUGCUAAGGGACGUCCUUGGUGGGAGCUGCAGCACGUUCGGCUGAAAGAGAUCCGGAGGGCUGUCGAGUACAUGCUUUCGAAUUACGAUGGAUCUGCAAACAAGGUGGACGGCAUUGCAGUGACUGGCGGCUCGGAUGGGAACAGUUCUAUCUACGCUGGACUUAAUACGCCAGCCACCGAUGGCGCUAACGACGACUGGAAUGUGACUAGAGCUCCUGCUUCUGCUUCACCUUUCGUGCCUCCCGGAAGUGAGGAGAGACCCAGCGACGCGAGCAGUGCAAGCGGGAAACGGGAGCGAGAUGUUGAGCAGCCGAUCACUAACGGAAACGGUACAUCACAUGAUGAGAACAACUCGAAGCGUCCCAAACUGGAGCCGCAUGUGACGAGUGGCGUGGACAACCCGAAACCAAUGCACAAUGCGAUACCCAUGGAUACGACUGUGGUACCUGACUCAGAAGCACCCGCUGGGAAUACAAGCGGAGAGGUAGAGGACAUCAAAGACGAGGAAGAUGAAGGAAUGCGUGUCGACUUUGGCAAUAAGCAGGCUGAAUCUGAUAUGGAUGCUGCACAGACAGAAUCAGAAGGCGUGAAAUCAAGCCUAAUGUCGACGGAGACUCCGCUACCUCAGUCUGGAGAAGAUGAUGGAGGCAGAACGAAAGCUCCAUCAGUUCACGCCAAAGGCGACGAUGCCGAAGGAAGCGAAGAGGGUGAAAUAUAAGAAGAAUGGGCCUGCACUCCGUGUGGAAACCUCAGUGAUUCACGCAUAUGGCUACUGAAGUAUUCGAAGUUGCGAACGCUGUCAUCGAGCGGAGAGGCGUGAUUGCGAGUAUCCCGUACUCAAGCGCAGACGCACUGCCACCUAAGUCAGCAGAUGUUCACGCCAGCCCGAUUCCGAUCCCCAUUCGCCCUAACGCGAAUCUCCACCUGGACAGCCCGGAAAAUAGGAAAGAGAAGGAGCAGUUCUCGGCCCUCCAUCUCUAGCAGCGCGAUUUGCAAGUAGUGCAAAGCGGAGUAUCUGAUGUGGUAUGGCACAGCUGAGUAGUCCUACGUUUCACACAGGACUCUGAGCGGGAAAAGAAUCUCUACGCCUGCUCGGAAAGAACAGGGGGAAAGAUAUUGUUUUUUUGGUUGUUGUAUGAAGCGAAACAAGGCAUUAAGCGACAGGAGUAUGGGUAUGGCAGAGGGGGGUUUUUCCCUACACCAACGUUCUGCGCAGCGCAUUUUCAACGUCGUGUGUAGCAGCAUUUUUGGAGAGGAGAAUGGUGCAUCCUUCUUUUCUGAUUUUGAUAUUUUGUGGCUUUCUAGAUACCCAUGGCAUGAUGGCGUUUUCUUGAGAGAGCGAGAGAGAUGAAGAAGAGAGAAAGAAG